UAACCAUAUCACGAGAGCAGUCAUUUUCCUCCAAAAUGGCACAGUAAACGGUAGUACACGCUAGGCCAGGAAAUAGCCCCAAAAAGGACACUGCUGCGGUUAGUCUUCACCAGUGUAAAAGUGAAAAUCCGCUGCCACCUCCAUACGGAUCAGAACGGAUAUCUUCAUCGACAUGAGACGUGGGUGAGGCGCAUGUAGCAAAACAAAACAGUUAUCAGUAAAAUCACUGAAAGUCUUCCAGAAACAAACUAGAGCAUAGUGAUAUAUUAUUAAUUAUUUAGUGAAAAAACUUUAUCUUAAUAAAAAGAUAAAAAACCAAAUAAAAGACGAAGAAAGAUGUCUUUCCUCAACGCACUGCGUGCAGCGCCUCUGCCACCGGUGAAGAAUGUCCUGAACGUGGCCCUGCAAACCGCUCGUCAGACAAUCCCGUCAAAGAACAAGCAGAAUGACUACGAGCAGCCCGGCGGUGAGAACGUAGCACCGGGAGCAAGCAUGCGGGCACCACCGCAGGUUCCUCCACGGCCACAGAAUGUGCACUUUGCUGAUUCCGAUGGAGACACUGGUGGGACUACCGAAAUGAACCCAUUAAACCCGUUCACCAACCCGAAAGCGUACUACCAAGAAGGGACGGAUCAACCGACGGCCGGUCAAUAUCAGGAGACAGGGUUCAAUCAGCCAAGAGAUUUUGAGAAUGGCUAUCAAGCUGGAGGCUACCCCAGGCAAGGCAGUGUUCAAUCGUUUGGGUCCGAUAGUACAUUUGCCGGCGGUUGCGAAGGUGAAGCACCCGGAGGGUAUAAAAUCAACGAAUAUCAAGCGGCAUGGAAUGUUACCAAUGCAAUUCAGGGCAUGUUCAUCGUCUCGCUUCCCUUCGCUGUGCUCCGCGGCGGUUAUUGGGCCAUCAUCGCCAUGGUUGGAAUCGCGCACAUCUGCUGCUACACUGGAAAGAUACUGGUCCAAUGUUUGUACGAGCCGGAUCCGCAAACCGGCGAGCCAGUACGUGUACGGGAUAGCUACGUAGCCAUCGCGAAGGUCUGUUUCGGCAAAAAGGUAGGAGCACGAGUCGUAAGUAUAGCGCAAAUCAUCGAACUGCUGAUGACCUGCAUUCUGUACGUGGUCGUUUGCGGUGAUUUGAUGGCCGGAUCGUUCCCCGAUGGUGCGCUAGACACCAGGUCGUGGAUGAUGUUGUGCGGGAUCUUUCUGUUACCAUUGGCUUUCCUAAAAUCGCUUCACCAUGUCUCGUUGCUGUCGUUCUGGUGUACAAUGUCGCAUUUGUUGAUCAAUGCUAUCAUUGUUGGCUACUGCCUGCUGGAGAUCGGCGACUGGGGCUGGAGUAAGGUCAAGUGGCGAAUGGAUUUCGAAAACUUUCCAAUCUCGCUUGGUGUUAUUGUCUUCUCCUACACGUCGCAGAUCUUUCUACCGACGCUCGAAGGAAACAUGGAGGACCGUUCUAAAUUCAACUGGAUGCUGGAUUGGUCGCAUAUCGCUGCGGCCGCAUUCAAGGCUCUUUUUGGCUAUAUUUGCUUUCUGACGUUCCAGAAUGACACUCAGCAGGUAAUCACGAACAAUCUGCACUCGCCGGCUUUCAAGGGUUUAGUCAACUUUUGUCUGGUGAUCAAAGCGAUCCUCAGCUACCCACUGCCAUUUUUUGCCGCUUGCGAAUUACUUGAACGCGCAUUCUUUCGUGGAAAGCCUAAGACCAUGUUUCCCGUUGUUUGGGAACUCGAUGGUGAUCUGAAAGUCUGGGGUCUUGCAUGGCGAUUGAGUGUUAUUCUUGGAACCAUCAUGAUGGCUAUUUUCAUUCCGCACUUCUCGAUCUUGAUGGGCUUCAUUGGAAGUUUCACUGGCACGAUGUUGAGUUUCAUUUGGCCAUGCUACUUCCAUUUGAAAUUACGAGGACAUCUGUUAGAUCAGAGGGAGCGGGCAUACAAUUACUUCAUUAUCUUUCUGGGCGUUCUGUUCGGCGUCGUUGGAAUCUACGAUUCCGGCAGCGCCCUGAUCAAAGCGUUCGAGAUUGGUCUUCCAUUCUAAGAAUCUUCCCCAAAAAAGUAUGUUGUGAAAAUUACCGAUAAUUCCUUUGAUGACGCAAUUAUGUAUAGUUGUUAAGCUUACUACUACUAUUACUACCUACUUUCCUUAGUGGAAUAUAAUUAUUGUUUGAGUUAAUUGGAAAUUAACUGCAUGCGUUUACCAGUAAGACAUAUCUGAAAACCAGUGUAUAUUACCCAAAAACAAUCUAGAAUAUAACAAAUAAGGCAAAUCAAAUUGUACCACUUAAGAUUCAAACAAAAUGAUCAUUGUCUUCCUACUUGUGAUGAGAGUCAAACAGGAGAGUAAACCAGUUAAUCCAACUGUCUUCCGAAGGAUGCAGAGGAGUUCUCUGCAAUCUAAUAGAUUACAUUUAGUAGAAUGAGUUGACCGCAAAUAGCUAGUAACUGAAGGUUUGAAUGAAACGUAUUACAUAUACAUAAAAAUGCAAUAAAUGAACAUCGUUACUAUAGAGAGCGCAAAAUUAAAAAAAAGAUCGCACGAGAACAGAACAAAAAGAUGGCAUCAAUUAAUCGUGUAUUGACAAUAAAACAAAAACAAUGUAAUCAAGCGGUUAUAAUAUAUUUAUCACCCCUAUUGUAAAAGAAAAUCGCAGGAGAGUAGACGAAUAAGCAUAAAAAUCAAACAAUAUAACUGGGCGGUCCUGAUGAGUUCACAACCGUUACUGCUAUAGUGAGUACUGAACUGUUUUCAACAUUUUUAAUUAUCUAGUCGUUAUCUAUACAUUUAUUGAAACCAUGUCUUCCAGAAGAAAUAGAAAUAUUUAUAGUAAAACAAUCCACCGUCUUCCAAUAUACAUACUUUUCAUCCUAUUCAUUUUCACUUGCUUUCGAGAAUAUUGAUCAUGCAUAAGUAUAUAGUUUUAUCAUUCAAUUAAGGUUUAUUCAAUGAUUACAACUAAUGUUGUGUUACACUUAAGCGCAAAUCGUUAGGAGAAUCGUAAACUUGCUAAAUUACUGUAUUCAAAAGAAACAUUAUAGGUGUCCAAAUAAAUAUAGUUAGUUGACUCCA